AGGGCAUGGAUGACAGGCCCUCUGAGGAGGUGCCGGAAGUUGAAAGGGGACAUCCAGGGGUGGGGCUUACAGGCCAUAGGUGACCGUCCUGCGGGAGGCACCUGGAGGAAACAUGGGGUGUUAACGGAAUAAAGAGACCCCAUGCUAUCAAGGUUUCCCUCACCUGCCCUAGCAACAGGGAUGGGGAUUCAGCCCCAGGCUGCAGGAAGGGACCUUCCCAGUCACGGCUGGGAUGAUGCUGCCCCUCCCACUGAAGUCAGCUUAGACACUACUUCCGGCUGCCAAACUGCCCUUCCUUUCCUCUGUGGCUGAGGCUGGGCAGUGAUCUUCCCACCUCACUGUGGCCCUGAUAGUGACAUGAGCUAUAUACCUCCCAGCUUCAUCUGGCUGUGCCUCGGGUCUCUGCCUGUCUGGGUCCCUGGUUUUGCAUAGAAACUCAGUGUCUUUGCUGAGGGCUCCUGUUGCACGUCAGCUACCCACCAUGGCAUAUCAUCACAUUGUCUGUUGCUGGAGAUGCCUGUCUGUCAUGUACGCACAAUGACUGCAACAACUGGGGGGUGCUGUUACAUGCCCGGCAACUACGCAUGUGUCUUCACCAAGCCUUGGCCCGUCAGCAACUAUCUAUGAAUGUGUCCCGCUCCACAGUGGGAGACCCAGACCCACGCAUGAUGCCCCAGGGCUGUGGGAGAGGCUGGCACUGUGUCGUGCACAGCUCCCGUUACUGCCUCAGCUCAUGGCCUCCACUGGUGCGGCUCAACAGGGACAGGCCCCUGCCCCACCCCCUUUCCAGGACACCUUGCCCUGAGCCCAGCUCUCAGGAGCCCUAGACAAAGCAAUAUAGAAUGUGAGCCACCGAGGGGUCUGUAACUCUCUUACUAGUCCCUCUCUCCUGUCACACAGGGCAGGAGAUCCUAGAGUGUUCUUGCUGUUGAUGGGGUAGGGCUGGGAUGUCCAUUCCAGAGGAAGGAAGUCACUGCUGCACCAUGGCAACCCAUGUGAGAGACUCCAGACCCAGUGACUGCGUCUGCCUAUUGAGCAGCAGUGAGGAGAGGCAGCUGCCAGGACUUGAGUUAGAUGUGGAAAGUUACAUUGAAGAGUAACAAAAACUUCACCUGUGUGCCUGUAGAGCCCAUGACUGUUUGCGGUUUCCAAAGAGGCAGUGCAGGGAAGCCCCAGGGAGCUGACUUCACAUCACAUGAGGGGGUAGUGUUGGGAGCCUUCUGUAGUGUGUCUCCUCUCCUCAAUACGAAUUACAGAGCGGACCCCAGCACACUCAGUGGCUGCUUGCAGAGCCUGUGUGUGUAUUCUCUCAAGGCUGGAUGGGGAAAACAUAUGCUUCAUUGGCCCAACCUUCUCUGGUCACCUGAGCCUGUCACUUGCUGCAGAAUCCGUCACAGUCGUGUGUAGAGUCUCUGUCCUGAGCACUGGCUUUGCCCGUGGCUCAGCCCUGCAGCUCCACGCCUCUCUGGAGAAGUCAACACCAUCAACAAAACCGGUCUGUAGAUCCUCUGCAGGCCUAAGGGCCUCAACUCUUCGGCAGAAUCCCUGCCCUGACCUGACUGCAGAAUGGAAGUCUUUUUACAGAGCUGAAAUCUCUUGGCGAGGCCUGCCGUGGUUUUCCUCACCUGUGGACAUCAUCUGUUUGCUGGACCUACCCUGCAUAGGAAGCUCUGGCGCAUCCCCAGAACUUUCCCAGGCUUUAAGAGCCUGCCUCUGAUGAGGAAGCCGAUCUGUGGCCACAGCACUUUGGAGAGCUUUAGGUGGUGCUAGAACUCUUGCUUGGAGCCUGUAACACAGGUGGCCAGAGGUUGGCCUCCAACAUUUGCAUCUCCAUCACCCUUGCUUAGCCUAGGAUGGACACCAACCAGGACCUCCCAGCCAUUGACAGCCACAGAGAGCUCCAAAUAUGGAUUACCCAGAACCUAAAGAUGCUGCCACUGCCUGAAAGGGCUCACGGGAACUUCUUUGAGGAAUGCUGCUAUGUUAUCCUCCAUGUCCCUCAGAGCCCAAAGGCUACCCAAGGAGGGUCGAGCGACCUGCACUACUGGAUCGGAAAGGAGGCCAGCGCAGAGACCCAUGGGGCCACAGUCACCUUUGUGCAGCGCCUACAGGAGGAUCUGGGAGACCAGAUGGUGCUGCACCGAGAGUCACAGGGCCAUGAGUCUGACUGCUUCCACAGCUACUUCCACCCGGGAGUCAUCUACAGGAAGGGAGGCCGAGCCUCUGCUCUCAAGCACACGGAGACCAACGCGUACAAUGUCCAGCGACUGUUCCACAUCAGGGGAAGGAAGCAUGUGUCUGCCACUGAGAUCCAGUGGAACGGCCCCCAAACCAGCGUUUCUGAGAAAUCGCGGGCGCUGGCCCUGACUCGAAGCCUCAGGGAUAGGGGACCUGGUGGCCGUGCCCAGGUUGGUGUGGUGGAUGACGAGAAUGAAGCCACUGACCUCAUCCGCAUCAUGGAGGCUGUGCUGGGCUGCAGGUCAGGCAGCCUGAGAGCUUCUGUGCCCAACAACAGUGUCAGCCAGCGGCAAAAGGCCAACGUCCGUCUCUACCAUGUCAGCGAGAAGGGAAUGGACCUGAUAGUCCAAGAAUUGGCGACCCGCCCACUGACCCAGGACCUCCUGCAAGAUGAAGGCUGCUAUCUCCUGGACCAGGGUGGCUUCAAGAUUUACAUGUGGCAGGGACGAAAGUCCAGCCCCCAGGACAAGAAGGCUGGGUUCAGCAGGGCUGUGGGCUUCAUCCAGGCCAAGGGCUACCCAAACCACACCAACGUGGAGGUGGUGAAUGACGGUGCAGAGUCCACCGCCUUCCAGCAGUUGUUCCAGACGUGGUCGAAGGAGCUAGAUGGGAAAAAACCCAGAGGGAAAAAUAAACUGAUGCAGGCCAAACUGGACAUAGGCAAGCUGCACACCCAGCCUGAGCUAGCAGCCCAGCUCAGAAUGGUGGAUGACGGCUCUGGGAAGGUGGAGGUAUGGUGCAUCCAGGACUUCCAAAGGCAGUCUGUGGACCCCAAGCACCAUGGACAGUUGUGCUCAGGAAACUGUUACCUUGUCCUCUACACAUACCAGACACUGGGCCGUGUCCGGUACAUCCUGUACCUCUGGCAGGGCCACAAGACCACCAUAGAAGACACCAAGGCCCUGAACCACAAUGCUGAGGAGUUGGACAUUGCAUACCAGGGAGCACUGGUGCAGGCUCAUGUGACCAUGGGCAGAGAGCCCCCCCACUUCCUAGCCAUCUUCCAGGGGCAGCUGGUGGUCUUCCAGGGGAGUGCAGGCAAUGGAGGGAAGAGGCUGCCAAUUUCCACCACAAGGCUGUUCCACAUGCAAGGGGCCGAUAGCCACAACACCCAAACCAUGGAGGUGCCGGCCCGUGCUUCCUCCCUCGCCUCCAGUGACAUCUUCUUUCUGAUCACAAAAGACAGCGGCUACCUCUGGUUUGGGAAGGGCUGUAAUGGUGACCAGCGUGAGAUGGCGCGGAAGGUGGUCACUGUCUUCACGGGACAUAACAUGGAAACCGUGCUGGAGGGCCAGGAGCCUCCCCACUUCUGGGAAGCCCUCGGAGGCCGGGCCCCCUAUCCCAGCAACAAGAGGCUUCCUGAGGAGCUCUCCAGCAUCCAGGCCCGACUAUUUGAGUGCUCCAGCCCUUCAGGCUGCCUGGUCCUCACAGAAAUGGUGUUCUUCAGCCAAGAGGACUUGGACAAGUAUGACAUCAUGUUACUAGACACCUGUCAGGAGGUCUUCCUAUGGCUUGGGGAAGGUGCAGGUGAACGGAAGAAGGAGGCAGUGGCCUGGGGCCAUGAGUACCUGAGAACUCACCCAGCAGAGAGGAGCCUGGACACACCCAUCAUUCUCGUCAAGCAGGGCCACGAGCCUGCCACCUUCACUGGGUGGUUUGUCACCUGGGACCCCUACAAGUGGACGAACAACCAGACCUAUGAGGAGGUGGUGGAGAGACGCCCGAGACCAGCAUCUGCCAUCUCUGAGAUAACAGCGGAAGUACAUAACUUCCAGCUAACUCAAUGGCCCACUGACAAUAAGGGAGGUCCCUCGACCCUCCUGGCCUCCAGGGAUUCCCAGGACAGCCCAGAGAAUGAUCCAGAGCUGGGCCUUGGCGUGGAUGGCAAGAACCCCAGCAAAAGCCCCAGCAGUCACUGCAGCAGCUCAGUGGUCAAUGGGAGCCUGCCCCGGGAAAGGCUGGUACACCAGGCCGUGGAGGACCUGCCACAGGGUGUGGACCCUGCCUGCAAGGAGUUCUAUCUCUCAGACUCUGACUUUCAAGACAUCUUCGGGAAAUCCAAGGAGGAGUUCUACAGCAUGGCCAAGUGGAAGCAGCUGCAAGAAAAAAAGAAGCUGGGCCUCUUCUGAGCCGGGGACCCCGAGUUUCCUCCUGAAUUCAGUAACUCCCCCUUCUUAAUAAAUGUCAGUGGCUGGUG